AUGGUUUUGGAAGCUGGUUCAAAUCCCAUAGAAACCAUUAAACAACCUGGGGAAUUUGACACACAGUUGAAAACAGUUCUAUAUCCCAAAAACUACGAUUCAGUCUUAGGCUGGAUACCCGAUGUUGGCGAUGGAAGAGUUUUAAAAGAACCGGUAAGAAAUGUUCCAAAUGAUGCAAAUGAAGUUAGAAUGAGAGCUAUUGCUCGAAACACAAUAGAAAUAGUAGGACGAGCAGGUAAUCAGGGGUUUGAAAAACGAGUACUUCAGUACAAUAAUGAUGUUGAGAAUAAUAGGUUUGGUAAUUACGUAAAUUGGAAAUUAUAUUCUUUAUUCGGUCUGAUGGAACACAGAAAAAUUUCCAUAGGGUUACCAUAUAAAAUUCAUCUACAAAGAGAAAUCAAUGAUGAUAAGAUAUUCUUUGGAGGGAAUGCUUCAGAUGGAAAUUAG